AUGCCGAUUACCAUCCAGCAACCGCCCGUCGAUGCGAGCGACGACUCGGACGACCAGGACUCCGACGGCGGGGUCGACCUGGAGGGCGAUGUGUCCAUGGGCGCGCCGCUGCCCGCCCGAACGCGGAAGGCCAAUCGCCGUGACAACGCCGUCGUGACCCCGGGCGAGAUCAUCACCGAAGAUCCCCAGUGGAUGCGCGGGCACGGGACGUACACGACGGCGGACCCGCCGGCGAUCGUGUCGUCGGUGGCGGGGACGCUGGCCAAGACGAACAAGCUGCUGUCGGUGCGGCCGCUGCGGGCGCGCUACACGCCCGAGAUCGGCGACCUGGUGGUGGGGCGCAUCGUGGAGGUGCAGGCGCGGCGGUGGCGCGUCGACGUCGGCGCCGCCCUGCUCGCCGCGCUGCCGCUCAGCGCCGUCAACCUGCCCGGCGGCGUCCAGCGCCGCCGCACCGAGACCGACGAGCUGCAGAUCCGCACCUUCUUCUCCGAGGGCGACCUCCUCGUCGCCGAGGUCCAGCAGCUCCACGCCGACGGCGCCGCCGUCCUCCACACCCGCUCCCUCCGCUACGGCAAGCUCCGCAACGGCCUCUUCGUCGCCGUCGCCGGCACCGGCGGCGGCGGCGGCGUCGUCCGCGCCCGCCGCCACGUCUUCGUCCUCGACGUCUCCCGCGCCCUCGCCGGCGCCGGUGCCGCCGCCCCCGCCGCCGACGAUUCCGACAAGGUCGACGUCGUCCUCGGCGUCAACGGCUACGUCUGGAUCAGCAAGCACGUCGAGGGCGAGGGCGUCGCGAGCGCCGCCGACGACGCGGCCGCCGGCGGCCUCGUCACCCGCGCCGAGGAGCACGUCGGCCUCAACGUGUACUCGAGCCAGAACGACGCGAUCCCGCCGGGCACGAUGCGCGAGAUCGCGCGGGUGCGCGGCGUGAUCGGCGCCCUCGUCGAGCACGGCCUGCGCGUCGACGAGGACGCCGUCGCCGCCGGCUACCACGAGGCCGUCGAGAUGGCGCGCGGCGACGGCGACGGCCCCGACACCCUGUACCUCGGCGGCGAGAGGGGCCGGCGGCUGGUCGCGGCGCUGGCGGGACGGUAGGUGCCGAGGGCGGCGAGAGGGGGGGGGGGACAGAAUCUAGGUAGGUAGGCAGGCACGGAUCGCUGGGCGGGUGGACCAGCAAGGAAUAAAACAAUACCUACAUAAUGAUAAUGAUGCUGCGGGCCUAACGCGGCGGGCCUACGAGUGAGUGGAACGAGAGGAAGAUAGACGGGAGGGGAAAAGAGGCAUGACACCGGCGUUUACGUCCAUACUGCGGUGCCCCUGCAUACUAGGGAGAGAAGAUGACGGGACGUCGACUUAUCACACGUUGGCGUACGGAGACGGAACCCCAUUCGGGUCCAAAGCCAGCCAGCCAGCCAGCUAGCAAUGAGAAAUGCACCCAGUGAAAAGAAUGGAUACGUGAACAUGGGAUUUUGCAUGCUGAUUAGCCCAUCCUAACGGCGACUGCCGCUUCACGUGGCGUGGCUGAACAGGGAUAUCCAUUUAUAUAUAUAUAUGGAGAGGACCACGGGCUCCUCGUCCUUCUUUUCUCUGCGCUCAUUAUACACAAUUAUGUUCCCAUCAUUCAUUACACCUUGUAUCUUGGACGAAGUAGGGGAAGACGACAG